UAGUGGCUAGCUACUGCAGCUGCCUCCUUGGGGGAGUGUGAAGCAUACGAUUAUUGAUAUGAAGUCACUCAACGGUGCACCGACUAUGAACAAUCGGACAGUAGUCGUAGUUUAAUCGACGCAAGUCCCUGUUGGGUUCCAUCAUUUUUCCGAACAGAUACCUAGCAAUCAGACAGUGUGGGACAGUAACAUUCACCACUGUCGCUAGCAGGCUAGUCUAGCAAGCUACAAGCUGACAUAUCAGUCGAACCCUGUUGAGAUAGCUCGCUAACAUUAGCUAGCUCAAACGAACGUCAGUGCAGCUAUGUUUGUGCAAGAGGAAAAGAUCUUUGCUGGGAAAGUUUUAAAGAUUCAUAUAUGCACCAUGGAGGGUGUGGAAUGGCUGGAGGAAGUUACAGAAGAUACCACUAUUGAAAAACUUAAAGAGAGGUGCUUGAAACACUGUGUUCAUGGAAGUCUGGAAGAUCCAAAGGUCCUCACACACCAUAAACUCAUUCACGCAGCAUCAGAAAGGGUUCUUUCUGAAACCAAAACAGUAGCUGAUGAGAACCUUAAAGAAAAAGAUGUGCUUUUGUUAAUUAAAAAAAGACCACCUCCACCACCACCCAAAAUGGUAGAUAUUGCAACUGAGGAGAAGAAGAAGCAAGAAAGUAAGGCCCCAGACAAAGAUGCCAUUCUUAAAGCCACAGCUAGCCUAUCUACUCGACACACAGACCGCACAGUAACUCAGCACAAUAUUCGGGAUUUUCAGACAGAGCUAAGGAAGAUCCUUGUAUCGCUCAUUGAAGUGGCACAGAAACUCCUUGCUUUGAACCCAGAUGCAGUUGAGCUUUUCAAGAAGGCCAACGCCAUGUUGGAUGAGGACGAGGAGGACCGGGUGGAUGAGACAGCCUUGCAGCAGCUCACUGAGAUGGGCUUCCCUGAGAGCAGAGCAGUCAAGGCCCUCCGCCUAAACCACAUGUCAGUAACCCAGGCCAUGGAAUGGCUAAUUGAGCACGUGGAUGACCCCACUGCUGACGCCCCUCUGGUGAACCAGGAGGCCUCGGGGGCGUCCGCUGGCGCUGCCACUGCCGCUGCUUCUGUCACUGCUUCUGUCGCUGCCUCGGCGUCGGGCGCCACAGCCUCGGGACCUCUCUCCCGGACCUCCGAGCCCUCCAGCGCAGAGGAGGCCAAACAGGACGAGCUCACCGAGAUCUUCAAGAGGAUCCGACGGAAACGAGAGUUCCGACCAGACUCACGGGCUGUCAUUGCACUGAUGGAGAUGGGCUUUGAUGAAAAGGAAGUGGUUGAUGCUCUUCGGGUCAAUAAUAACCAGCAGGACGCGGCGUGUGAGUGGUUGCUUGGGGACCGGAAGCCUUCGCCUGAGGACCUGGACAAGGGAAUUGACACCAACAGCCCUCUGUUUCAAGCCAUACUUGAAAACCCUGUGGUCCAGCUUGGCUUAACGAAUCCAAAAACUCUGUUAGCUUUUGAGGACAUGCUGGAAAAUCCACUGAACAGCACGCAGUGGAUGAACGACCCAGAGACGGGGCCAGUGAUGCUUCAGAUUUCCCGAAUCUUUCAAACACUCAACCGCACAUGAAGGCAUACCUCAGCGCGGGUGUGCGGGGGCAGCAGAAGCAUCCGUGCACCCUCGAGAGUCACAGCAGGGGAUGAAUGUAACAGUAAUACGGCGAUAACGUUGCAUAGUCCACAGAGAUUCUGCACACGUCCUUGACAUUUUGUUUUUUAUAUAUUAUAUAUAUAUAUUUAAAAGAAAAAAGAUCUGUUACUGUGUGUGAGUUAUGUGUGUGUGUGUGUGUGCGUGCGCGUGUGAGAGUCAAAAAUAUUGUUGCUGUCAGAUGAAAACGCCAAAUUUCCCAUUUCAGCUGGGGUUUUUUUUGUUUUUUUUCAGAAGUGUAUUCAGUCUUAUUUAUUUGUUUGAAUUAAUUUAGUGAUAAAAUAUGCCCCCUGCCUUGUCAGCUAUGCACUCAAAAGUCAUUUAAAUGUUGUCAAAAGAGCCUGUAUCAGAAGGUUCAAUUAUAAGUCAGAGUAGCCUGUUAACACUGAUGUCCAGGGCAGUUUCUAGUGACCAAUUACUGUAUGUCUUACAAUUAGAGGUUACGCAGUCAACACUGUAGUGUGCAGUUUUAUUUGUGUCUGUUAAGUACGCCCGCGACUACAUUUUUAUAUUUAUUAAGCAGACGCUUAUCCAGAGCAACUUUCAGUACAUGGAAGGCACAUAUUUUAUCGGUAUGCCUGCUCCCUGAGGGAAUAACUUCUGACCGCGUUGGCACUUCACUCUGCCAGUGUCAGGGACACGUAUGCAUAACACCAUCUAUAAACUAAACAUUGCAGAUGUUUUCUAAAAAAAUCUAAUUGCAUACUUCAGCUCUCUUCAACAUAUCAUUGUGAUCUGUAAUCCGUUCUUGGCUUGUCCGUUUAGACUGUAGUGGAAUUGAAAUUACACUGGUAGAACUGAGCUGGAAACUUUCUGGACAUCAGCAUUUGGGGAUUUUUUUUACUAGGUGACAAGGGCUAUAUGAAACCAUUCCACUGAGUGUAUUUGUAAUAUGAGCAUAUGAAAAUAUGUUAUAUGCAGACAUAUGACCUGGUUUUGAUAUAAAGUUAUCAGCUUUGUGCUGUAGAAGGUACGGUUCACUCAGUUGUGUGAUCACAGCACAUUGCAUGGUCAGUAUUAUUUUGCAAAGUAAAAAUGGUUUAAUAACAUUAAUCCAUGGUUUUUAAAAGCCUAUUAUGGUGACUGUAACAUUGUGUUACAAUAUUUAUAGGGGUGUUUUCUUCUGACAGCAGCAUAUUAUUUUAUCCCCAUUCAAGUUUACACCUUCAAAAAGCUGUUUUUGUCUGUAGCGAUAUUAAACACCACAUUUCUGUUUCAUACUGUAAGUAUAGGCUGACCCCACACUGUGCUAGGUUAAUCAAGAGCACUGCUUAGUUUGCAUAUUGCUUUGUUACUCUGGAACAUUUCAGAAAUGUUCCUUGAACACUAUUAGCCUUGAACGUUCACCCAAGCUGAAAUAAAAACAUAGUUUUUAUGGCAGAGAAACUAUUGGCAGAUCAGAUUCCCUUUUUACACUUCUAAAUAAAGUUUAGUGUCAGGUGAUGUGUUUACAUAUCAAUAUAUUGCAGAAAUACAUAACCUUUUUGGUCAGAAUAUUAUGAAAUUAGAUGGGUUCAAAGUCAUGCCUCUUCUAAGGAUAGUUUUAGUAUGUGUGAUCUUAGUGUUGGUUAUUUACAAGUAAGAGAAUGAAAAAGCAAAAAGUAAUUUGAUAGAUUCCCUUUUUCUUCCCAGGAACCUCAGUUUGCUUGGCCAUAGAUGAGGCUUUGGUUCAUUUGAGGUUCACACAUUCAUGAAUCAAUUCAUUGAAAUGUAAGGAUGGUAGACAUGGAGUAGAUUCUUUACUUUGUGAAGUGACGUUAGGUGGCUGUUUAUGUCAUCUCUCAAGGUGUCGGGGGGAGAAUUGGACAAUUGCUUUAAGUAAUGGAAAAGAAAAGGAACUGACUGCAGUGCUAAGGUGCUGGUUUUGAGUGGACUGGUGCCAGGCUCUGGCUGUAGUCUUUGGGAACUCUGUGGACUUAUCUGUAUGAUGAAGGAACUUCUUAUUUGUUUCAUGGUGUGAUUCAUAAUGCUUUAUAGUGUAACUUUUUAAACAUAAACUGAGAGUGGAAGAGCUUUGUGAGGCCUUACAACUGAUGAUAUUGGUGGCUUGCCGUUAUAUCAGGCAACAAGGCCUUUACUAUGGUAACUACUUACCUUGCCUUUAUAGAAACGUGAUCCAUGACUUGUCCUUGUGUGUCUGGUAUUCUGUUUUAUGUCAGUCAUGAUGUAUUAUGGUAUUUAUUUGUAACUUGUCCAGAAUGUCCAUCAUAUUGUUUCUCAUGGCACUUCAUCACUGACAUCACCGUCUGCUGCUGAUACAGGAUCAUAAUUCACCUAUGAAUAAUGCUCACCAGAUGAGUAGUGUACAGGGUGUUAAUAUUGGGUUUUGGAGAUUGGAAUAGAGCAUUUAAGCUUGGUUUCAAUGAUAAUUUACUUAAUAUAUGUGGUGUGUACCUACUAGACUUUCAGGUUCACUCAGUGUACUGUCAAAUAAUACUUGUUUGCAUGUUGUCCAAAGCUUAGUAUUUAUACAAGUUAAACGAAAGAAAGUCAUAUUAUAUAACGUGUGUGUGGGUUUCUUUUUUUAUUUUUAAGUUUAAAAGAAAUUGUUAAAGUCAACAGAGGUGCUCUUAUGCAGAAUUAACAAAAGAGUUUGGUUGGAUGUUAGAAGAAUUCAAUAUUUAUGUAUAUUUGCACAGUGAAGAACAAUUUCGAUGUGAACAUUUUAAAGUCUGAAAAUUAUAUUUGGCCAUCAGUUUGGAAGUGACUUUCAGCUGGUAUUGUGAGUAGAGGCAAAAGACUUACGAAUUUAUGCCAAGUUUGGAGUGUUUUAUUCAAUAUUUGAAUGCAGUGUUGAUGUGAUGGAAUUUUAAUAGCUCUGUUGGGAAACUUUCCUUUUAUUAGUUAGAUGUUUUGGGUGGAGUGAGAAGGUUUUUCUGAUUAAGAUCAAAUAAUGAAAUUAUUUAGUUUGUUUUUUGUUUCAUUUACGUUGUUAUUGGGAGGGAGAAGGUAUUGUGUGUCUCUUAAGCCAAAAAAUAAAAGUUUAAAAUCACAUUGCAAAGAGGAUAAUUUACCCAAUUGCAGGAUCUUAAUGAUAUUGCUAUUGAAAACUAUAUUCCGAUAUGUCUGAAUUUGUGGGGUCAAUGAUCGGAAUGAAUAUGCCUCAAAUGUGUUACGGAAAGUUUAGCAAAGUUGGUGGCAUCACUGUGAUCUGUUUUAAAUAUUAGGCCUUGUUCUUAACAUUUUUAAUCUAAUUACAAAAUAAGACUAUGGCAGUGCAUCUUAAGUGUCCUGCUUAUCUUGCCUUUCCAGGAAGUCAAGAGGUAAAAGUCAUUGUUGUAAUUCUGCAGAGUUUAGGAAAAGCAGCUAGUAAUUGAGGCCUAUGCAACAUAACACAUCUCAAGUGAUCCGUUUUGAUAGUCAUGUUGAACAUUAGAGUCUGGUACCCAAUUUCAUCAGAAAUUAAUUUCCAUGAAAAUGUGCUGUAUAGGCCUAACUGAUCACUGAGACGUUGUCUCGAAUGCUCAUCCUGUAGUAGAAUGUAGUCCUCUCAGGAUGCAUGACCACGCCAGUUGUGUGUAGUCACAUGUCUGAUAAUCAAGUUGUGAUGCAAAGACCCCUACUGUAGUCAACAGGCCAUCUUCUCUGUAGCCACACCCGCGCUGCUUCAACAUCUAGAGCCAUGGAGGGCUCCCUGAAGUGACCUAGCUGGAGUAGUCACUUAUUGUAAUAUCACAUUUCCCCGCACACGUCUGCCUCAUGUCUCCGCUGGUUGAAAACUUACUCAAUCUCCACACUCCUUAAAAUGUGAAAA